CAGUGCUUUAGAAUGAUGAAAACCGAGGUUGGAAAAGGUUGUGAAACCUUUUAACUCUCCACAGUGGAGUCCAUUAUUUCCUCUGGCUUCCUCAAAUUCAUGUUCACAGGGUCGUUGGCUGUGGAUUGCAAUUACCAUGUCUGACUCAGUAAUUCUUCGAAGUAUAAAGAAAUUUGGAGAGGAGAAUGAUGGUUUUGAGUCAGAUAAAUCAUAUAAUAAUGAUAAGAAAUCAAGGUUACAAGAGGAGAAGAAAGGUGAUGGCGUUAGAGUUGGCUUCUUUCAAUUGUUUCGGUUUUCUUCACCAACUGACAUUUGGCUGAUGUUUGUGGGAAGUUUGUGUGCAUUUCUCCAUGGAAUAGCCCAGCCAGGCGUGCUACUCAUUUUUGGCACAAUGACAGAUGUUUUUAUUGACUACGACGUUGAGUUACAAGAACUCCAGAUUCCAGGAAAAGCAUGUGUGAAUAACACCAUUGUAUGGACUAACAGUUCCCUCAACCAGAACAUGACAAAUGGAACACGUUGUGGGUUGCUGAACAUUGAGAGUGAAAUGAUCAAAUUUGCCACUUACUAUGCUGGAAUUGCUGUCGCAGUACUUAUCACAGGAUAUAUUCAAAUAUGCUUUUGGGUCAUUGCCGCAGCUCAUCAGAUACAGAAAAUGAGAAAAUUUUACUUUAGGAGAAUAAUGAGAAUGGAAAUAGGGUGGUUUGACUGCAAUUCAGUGGGGGAGCUGAAUACAAGAUUCUCUGAUGAUAUUAAUAAAAUCAAUGAUGCCAUAGCUGACCAAAUGGCCCUUUUCAUUCAGCGCAUGACCUCGACCAUCUGUGGUUUCCUGUUGGGAUUUUUCAGGGGUUGGAAACUGACCUUGGUUAUUAUUUCUGUCAGCCCUCUCAUUGGGAUUGGAGCAGCCACCAUUGGUCUGAGUGUGUCCAAGUUUACGGACUAUGAGCUGAAGGCCUAUGCCAAAGCAGGGGUGGUGGCUGAUGAAGUCAUUUCAUCAAUGAGAACAGUGGCUGCUUUUGGUGGUGAGAAAAGAGAGGUUGAAAGGUAUGAGAAAAAUCUUGUGUUUGCCCAGCGUUGGGGAAUUAGAAAAGGGAUAGUGAUGGGAUUCUUUACUGGAUUCGUGUGGUGUCUCAUCUUUUUGUGUUAUGCACUGGCCUUCUGGUAUGGUUCCACACUUGUCCUGGAUGAAGGAGAGUAUACACCAGGAACCCUCGUCCAGAUUUUCCUCAGUGUCAUAGUAGGCGCUUUAAAUCUUGGCAAUGCCUCUCCUUGUUUGGAAGCCUUUGCAACUGGACGUGCAGCAGCCACCAGCAUUUUUGAGACAAUAGACAGGAAACCCAUCAUUGACUGCAUGUCAGAAGAUGGUUACAAGUUGGAUCGAAUCAAGGGUGAAAUUGAAUUCCAUAAUGUGACCUUCCACUAUCCUUCCAGACCAGAGGUGAAGAUUCUCAAUGACCUCAAUAUGGUCAUUAAACCAGGGGAAAUGACAGCUCUGGUAGGACCCAGUGGAGCUGGCAAAAGUACAGCACUGCAACUCAUUCAGCGAUUCUAUGACCCCUGUGAAGGAAUGGUGACCGUGGAUGGCCAUGACAUUCGCUCUCUUAACAUUCAGUGGCUUAGAGAUCAGAUUGGGAUAGUGGAGCAAGAGCCAGUUCUGUUCUCCACCACCAUUGCAGAAAAUAUUCGCUAUGGCAGAGAAGAUGCAACAAUGGAAGACAUAGUCCAAGCUGCCAAGGAGGCCAAUGCCUACAACUUCAUCAUGGACCUGCCACAGCAAUUUGACACCCUUGUUGGAGAAGGAGGAGGCCAGAUGAGUGGUGGCCAGAAACAAAGGGUAGCCAUCGCCAGAGCCCUCAUCCGAAAUCCCAAGAUUCUGCUUUUGGACAUGGCCACCUCAGCUCUGGACAAUGAGAGUGAAGCCAUGGUGCAAGAAGCGCUGAGUAAGAUUCAGCAUGGGCACACAAUUAUUUCAGUUGCUCAUCGCUUGUCUACGGUCAGAGCUGCAGAUACCAUCAUUGGUUUUGAACAUGGCACUGCAGUGGAAAGAGGGACCCAUGAAGAAUUACUGGAAAGGAAAGGUGUUUACUUCACUCUAGUGACUUUGCAAAGCCAGGGAAAUCAAGCUCUUAAUGAAGAGGACAUAAAGGAUGCAACUGAAGAUCACAUGCUUGCGAGGACCUUUAGCAGAGGGAGCUACCAGGAUAGUUUAAGGGCUUCCAUCCGGCAACGCUCCAAGUCUCAGCUUUCUUACCUGGUGCACGAACCUCCAUUAGCUGUUGUAGAUCAUAAGUCUACUUAUGAAGAAGAUAGAAAGGACAAGGACAUUCCUGUGCAGGAAGAAGUUGAACCUGCCCCAGUUAGGAGGAUUCUGAAAUUCAAUGCUCCAGAAUGGCCCUACAUGCUGGUAGGGUCUGUGGGUGCAGCUGUGAACGGGACAGUCACACCCUUGUAUGCCUUUUUAUUCAGCCAGAUUCUUGGGACUUUUUCAAUUCCUGAUAAAGAGGAACAAAGGUCACAGAUCAAUGGUGUGUGCCUACUUUUUGUAGCAAUGGGCUGUGUAUCUCUUUUCACCCAAUUUCUACAGGGAUAUGCCUUUGCUAAAUCCGGGGAGCUUCUAACAAAAAGGCUACGUAAAUUUGGUUUCAGGGCAAUGCUGGGGCAAGAUAUUGCCUGGUUUGAUGACCUCAGAAAUAGCCCUGGAGCAUUGACAACAAGACUUGCUACAGAUGCUUCCCAAGUUCAAGGGGCUGCCGGCUCUCAGAUCGGGAUGAUAGUCAAUUCCUUCACUAACGUCACUGUGGCCAUGAUCAUUGCCUUCUCCUUUAGCUGGAAGCUGAGCCUGGUCAUCUUGUGCUUCUUCCCCUUCUUGGCUUUAUCAGGAGCCACACAGACCAGGAUGUUGACAGGAUUUGCCUCUCGAGAUAAGCAGGCCCUGGAGAUGGUGGGACAGAUUACAAAUGAAGCCCUCAGUAACAUCCGCACUGUUGCUGGAAUUGGAAAGGAGAGGCGGUUCAUUGAAGCACUUGAGACUGAGCUGGAGAAGCCCCUCAAGACAGCCAUUCAGAAAGCCAAUAUUUACGGAUUCUGCUUUGCCUUUGCCCAGUGCAUCAUGUUUAUUGCAAAUUCUGCUUCCUACAGAUAUGGAGGUUACUUAAUCCCCAAUGAGGGGCUCCAUUUCAGCUAUGUGUUCAGGGUGAUCUCUGCAGUUGUACUGAGUGCGACAGCUCUUGGAAGAGCCUUCUCUUACACCCCAAGUUAUGCAAAAGCUAAAAUAUCAGCUGCACGCUUUUUUCAACUGCUGGACCGACAACCCCCAAUCAGUGUAUACAAUACUGCAGGUGAAAAAUGGGACAACUUCCAGGGGAAGAUUGAUUUUGUUGAUUGUAAAUUUACAUAUCCUUCUCGACCUGACUCGCAAGUUCUGAAUGGUCUCUCAGUGUCGAUUAGUCCAGGGCAGACACUGGCGUUUGUUGGGAGCAGUGGAUGUGGCAAAAGCACUAGCAUUCAGCUGUUGGAACGUUUCUAUGAUCCUGAUCAAGGGAAGGUGAUGAUAGAUGGUCAUGACAGCAAAAAAGUAAAUGUCCAGUUCCUCCGCUCAAACAUUGGAAUUGUUUCCCAGGAACCAGUGUUGUUUGCCUGCAGCAUAAUGGACAAUAUCAAGUAUGGAGACAACACCAAAGAAAUUCCCAUGGAAAGAGUCAUAGCAGCUGCAAAACAGGCUCAGCUGCAUGAUUUUGUCAUGUCACUCCCAGAGAAAUAUGAAACUAACGUUGGGUCCCAGGGGUCUCAACUCUCUAGAGGGGAGAAACAACGCAUUGCUAUUGCUCGGGCCAUUGUACGAGAUCCUAAAAUCUUGCUACUAGAUGAAGCCACUUCUGCCUUAGACACAGAAAGUGAAAAGACGGUGCAGGUUGCUCUAGACAAAGCCAGAGAGGGUCGGACCUGCAUUGUCAUUGCCCAUCGCUUGUCCACCAUCCAGAACGCGGAUAUCAUUGCUGUCAUGGCACAGGGGGUGGUGAUUGAAAAGGGGACCCAUGAAGAACUGAUGGCCCAAAAAGGAGCCUACUACAAACUAGUCACCACUGGAUCCCCCAUCAGUUGACCCAAUGCAAGAAUCUCAGACACACAUGACGCACCAGUUACAGGGGUUGUUUUUUCUUUAAAGAAGAAUGUUAAUAUUUUACUUUUACAGUCAUUGUCAUACAUCGGAAUCCAAGCUAAUUUCUAAUGGCCUUCCAUAAUAAUUCUGCUUUAGAUGUGUAUGCAGAAAAUGAAAGAAACUAGGGUCCAUGUGAGGGAAAACCCAAUGUCAAGUGGCAGCUCAGCCACCACUCAGUGCUUCUCUGUGCAGGAGCCAGUCCUGAUUAAUAUGUGGGAAUUAGUGAGACAUCAGGGAGUAAGUGACGCUUUGAACUCCUCAGGGGCAGACAACUGUCUUGCAUUUUUGAACCCUCGGUGUACACAGAGGCGGGUCUAUAACAGGCAAUCAACAAACGUUUCUUGAGCUAGACCAAGGUCAAAUUUGAAAAGAACGGAAGAACUGAAGACCAGCAGUGUUUCUUAACUAAAUUUGUCUUUCAAGUGAAACCAGCUUCCUUCAUCUCUACGGCUAAGGAUAGGGAAAGGGUGGAUGCUCUCAGGCUGAGGGAGGCAGAAAGGGAAAGUAUUAGCAUGAGCUUUCCAGUUAGGGCUGUUGAUUUAUGCUUUAACUUCAGAGUGAGUGUAGGGGUGGUGAAGCUACCAUUACUGUGAGAACCUACCAGUGUGGCUGGAGCAGGGACUCUCUCCCAGGCCUUUUACUCCUCAGCACCUCCCUGCAUACUGAUUGUUGUUUUUAGUUUCUGCGAAAUUAUAUUCAUGAAAUGAAAAUAGCGCAUUUUACUUUGCUGUAGUUUCAUAAGGUUUUAUACAAAAAAGCAAGUAAAUAUGGCAGAAAAGCACUCAUUUGCCCCUGCUCCCUCAAAACACCACAGAAUGACAUAGAACUAAAGGCGGCAGGAAUCUACAAGAAUGAAGAAAACACAGUGAUGCCACCUGCAAAAUCUUGGGAGCCAGAAAGCAAAUGGACAAUUGAUAAUAGAGUUACAAGAUGAGAGAAAACAAAAAUGUAACCUGUUAGUUGGGGGAGCCUAGAAACAUCCUGUUUUGUACCACAGACCCCUAGAAAGGUUCAAGAUGUAAAAACACUGGAUCCUUCUGGAAGGAGGAGACAAGGGGACAGAGGGACUGAAGACAGAAGAAUGGACCAAAAGCCGUAUGGAAACAGAAUUGCAGAGCCCCGCCUGCAGCAGGAUGGCUGCCUUUCCCCAGUUCCAGCGAGAAACUGCAUACUCCCCCUCUGAGGCGGCUCACAGGGAGGUUUGCACUUAGAGACACAAGAUGCAGUUGAAGGGGCAGCUAACAUAUAAGAGACAGGGGGAUUGAGUGUAAAGCUGUGUAUGAACAGAAGAACUCCCAACCCCUCUCUUCUGGCAGGAGAUUGAAGAAUGAUUUUCUGGGGAAAUUGGCCAAUCUUAGAAAAGAGGUCGGGCCAGGCGCUGUGGCUCACUCCUGUAAUCCCAGCACUUUGGGAGGCCAAGGCGGGCGGAUCAUGAGGUCGAGAGAUCGAGACCAUCCUAGCUAACAUGGUGAAAGCCCAUCUCUACUAAAAAUACAAAAAAAUUAGCAGGGCGUGGUGGCGGGCGCCUGUAGUCCCAGCUACUCAGGAGGCUGAGGCAGGAGAAUGGCGUGAACCCGGGAGGUGGAGCUUGCAGUGAGCCGAGAUCGCGCCACUGCACUCCAGCCUGGGCGACAGAGCGAAAAAAAAAAAGAAAAAGAAAAGAGGUCAAGGACCCCGUCCUUGGAAUCCUAAGAAAAUUUUCCAGCCGUAUUACCCUUCUAUGAAGCCCACCUAUCAACCAACAAGCACCCACUCGAUCAGAGCUUCCCCAGGCUUUUUGGUGUCUCCUCCUUGCAUGGGAACUGACUUCCAAGGACCACCAGACACUGACGAAGUAUUUUAACAUAUAAAGCAAAAGCAACAAUAGGGCAGCUGGAGAAAGGAAAUUAGAAGUAACAGAGCCAAUGCAGUGAUUAGGAAAACACUAAAAAAAUGGUAAUAAAUGUGUUCAAUGGGUCAAGAGAACAUAUUUCCAUCUAUUUAAAUAAAAACAGGAAUCAAUAAAAGUGAACAUACAAAAAAGAGCUCUUGUCACAGAAAUGAAAACCUUGGGAGCAGGACUGCACCCACGGUUCCCACCAACCUAUCCUGCCAUCAUGUUUUCUCCCUACUCCAGCUUCCUCCCAAGCUCACUCUACGUAGAUGGUUUUUCUUCCCCUAGCCAACAAACGAAAUUCUGCCUAUAAAUUAAGCCGGGACACUAGGAUAUGGAGGUAUAUUAUUUACGUCUCUUUUCCAGUGUUUCCUGGUAUAUAACAGCAAAGAUGGUUUAGCAAGUUAACUGGUCAGGCCAGAAUUCUUGAUGGUUGCCAAGUCAGGAGGCAGACGGUGAAGGAAUGCAUUCUGGUUAUGAAAAAUGGCAAUGACAAGUAAGUUGCAGAGUAAAGAUGCCUUUUAGAGGAAAUUAAGGUUUGCAAUAAAUACACGCUAAUCCUCUAAUUUUGAUGAAAGACUAAAGCUCUUGUUUUGGUUUGCAUUUCAGAGAGCAAGAGCAUAGGCUCUUGUGCUGGGAGGUGGCCAGUUUCCUGGAAAGGAAUUUAUGGAGUCUGAAAGAGGAAUUAGUACAAAUUAUAUUUUCAAAUAAGAUACUUGAAAGUUAUUGAUGACAGGGAAAAGAUUGUCUAAAGAGGGCUUGAAAUUGGGGAAAUAAUUGAGGCUCAGUGACAAAGGAGAAGAUUACAACUUCAAAAAUGAAUAAAUAAAUAACAUUGCAUGUUUAUUUUACAACACCAGGGGGCGAUGAUGUCUACGUUUUUAUCCUGUAUGCUUUAUCGCUGACAAAGAUUUGGUCUCUGCAAUUUUACCUUAUUGUUUCUCAGAUGACCAAGGGGUCGGCUUAAUUUGUUCUGUUUAAACUUAUUGCAAGUCCUUCUGUAAUUUCCUAAUGUUUUCAUAAUGUGUGUUGUGACCAGACUCUCCUCAUAACCCCAGUUAAUAAAAGUUAACAGGAAAAAAAAAAA